ACCCAUGUGUGUCAUCUGCUUCGUGAAGGCGCUGGUACACGUGUUCAAGAUCUAUCUGACCGCAAACUAUACCUACAACUUCCGCGGCUGGCCGGUGGACUUCCGGUGGGAUGACGUGCGCACCGCCGGCGGAGGCGGCAGCGGGCAUCGUGCGUUGACGUACGCGGCGGCCGCAGCUGGCGUGUGGCUGCUGCAGGGUGGCGCGCUCGGGGAGGACACACCAGGCCGGCCGCCGCGCGCUGCCCGCAGCCAGGUGCAGUGCCUCUUGCAGCAGAUUCGGGAGCUGCCCAGCCAGCUUGCCAGCUACGCGUUGGCCCAUUCGCUGGGCCGCUGGCUGGUGUACCCCGGCUCCAUGUCGCUGAUGACGCGCGCGCUGCUACCCUUGCUGCAGCAGGGCCAAGCGCGCCUUGUGGAGCGCUACCAGGGUCGGCGCGCCAAGCUGGUGGCCUGUGAUGGCAACGAGAUAGACACCAUGUUCAUGGACCGCCGCCAGCAGCCGGGCAGCCAGGGCCGCGGCCUGCACCUGGUCAUCUGCUGCGAAGGCAACGCCGGCUUCUACGAAAUGGGCUGCCUGUCGGCCCCGCUCGAGGCCGGCUACUCCGUGUUGGGCUGGAACCACUCGGGCUUCGGGGGCAGCACCGGCACACCGUACCCACAGCACGACGCCAAUGCCAUGGACGUGGUGGUCAAGUACGCUUUGCACCGCCUGCACUUCCCGCCCACGCACGUGGUGGUCUACGGCUGGUCCAUCGGCGGCUUCACGGCCACCUGGGCCACCAUGACGUACCCGGAGCUGGGCGCGCUGGUGCUGGACGCCACCUUCGACGACCUGGUGCCGCUGGCGCUGAAAGUCAUGCCCCACAGUUGGAAGCACCUGGUGGUGCGCACCGUGCGCGAGCACUUCAACCUCAACGUGGCCGAGCAGCUGUGCCGCUACCCGGGGCCGGUGUUGCUCCUGCGGCGCACGCAGGACGAAGUGGUCAGCACCUCAGGCUCCCUGCGCCCCCUGCCGCCGGGCAACGUGGAGGGCAACCGCGGCAACGAGCUGCUGCUGCUCUUGCUGCAGCACCGCUACCCCGCCGUGAUGGCGCGCGAGGGCCGCGCCGUCGUGGCCCGCUGGCUGCGCGCCGGCACCCUGGCACAGGAGGCCGCCUUGUACGCGCGUUACCGCGUGGACGACGAGUGGUGCCUGGCGCUGCUGCGCUCCUACCGCGCGCGCUGCGAGGAGGAGCAGGACGGGGAGGAGGCCUGGGGGCCUCACGGACUUGCCUUCCCCUGGCUUGUGGGCCAGGGCCUGGGCACGCGGCGACGCCGGCAGCUCGCGCUCUUUCUGGCCCGCAGGCACCUCAAGAACGUGGAGGCGACUCACUGCAGCCAAUUGGAGCCGCAGGACUUCGAGCUGCCCUGGGUGCUGUAGCCC